GAUUCUCAUUCCCUUUCUACCUUUGCGCAACCUCCAUCUCCAUUUCCAUCAUGUCGAAGGACGAAUACAGCCAAGAUAUCCGUCCUAGCGACGAUCUGGCAGCAGUCGAGAAGAACGAUGGCGGCGCGUUAGAGUCGACCGUUAGCUGUGCUCAAGGGGAAGUUCACGAUGCGAGAAAUGGCGAAUUCAAGCGGACCUUUACACAACGGCAAAUCCAUAUUAUUGCCCUCGGAUCCAAUGUUGGCAGUGGUAUCUUCAUCGGUAUCGGCAAAGCUCUCGCAGAUGGUGGCCCUGGAAACAUGAUACUCGCAUAUCUCAUGGUCUGCGUUCUCGUGUGGGCUGUGCUGCAGACUUUGUCAGAGAUGACGAUCAUUUUUCCAACAUCGGGUAACUUCAUCGAUUAUGCGGAUAGAUGGGUUGAUCCUGCAUUGGCCUUUGGUGCAGGUUUUGCAGAGUGGUUGGGAUGGACCGCCAUCGUUGCAGCAGAAGCUAUCUUCUUCUCUGUCCUGGUUGACCUCUGGGCCGAUGGAGCUGUUCCCCUGGCUGCACUAUUGACCAUGUUCCUUGUCGCUACUUUCAUCAUUUUCCUCCUCCCGAACUCCUAUUUUGCAUGGUUCGAAUAUGUCACAUCCGUCAUUAAGAUCUUUUUGUUCCUCUUGAUCAUUGUUUCCGGUAUCGCCGUCCUUUGCGGUGCUGGACCAAAAGGAUAUAUUCACAGCGGCGUCAACUAUACUGAGUUGGGCGCUUUCAAGAACGGUUUCGGAGGCUUCGCACGAUGCGCACUUCUCGCCUGCUGGGCAGUCGGCGACCAGGUAUUCAUCGGUAUUCUCGCGGGUGAAACAAAGUCGCCACGUAUGAGUAUGGGUCAUGCUACGAAACUCGUCCCUUAUCGAGUUAUCGGCAUGUACAUGACUAGCGUGAUCUUGGCCACUUUCUUGGUUAGGUCCGAUAACAGUCGUCUGCUCGGUGGAUCAGGAGCAAGUGGCGCAGCUGCAUCUCCAUUCGUCAUUGGAUUGAGGGACGUUGGAAUUGCUGGCAUUCCGGAUAUCCUCAACGCCGGAAUGAUUCUCGGUGUCCUAGCCAUCUCGGCCGAAGCUGUCUACCUGUCAUCGAGAAUUCUUAGAACGAUGGCACAUCAAAAGCUGAUCCCAGAAUUCAUGGCCAAGGUCGACUCCAAGGGUAGGCCUAGGUGGGCAUUGGCCAUCACCGUUGCGACAUCAAUCUUAUUGACAUAUCUUGCUCUGAGCGGAGGCGGAAACGAAGCGCUGAACUGGUUCCUCAACAUUACGAGUUCGUCAUUCUUCUGCAACUGGCUUAUCAUUGGAUUCACCUCGUUCCGAUUCAGGGCAUCCAUCAAAGCACAACAAGACCCAGUCUUCUCGGCACCGUUUGCUUGGAAGUCUAGCAAGUAUCCUCUUGCACCGGCAUUCCUACUCGCUGGUUCUACUGUACUUUUGAUCUCUUGCAUAUAUGCGGGAGUUAAGCCUUUGGGCGGCGGUGGAUUCACGGCAGAGAACUUCUUCUCUUACAUGUUGGGCUUCCUCAUCAUCUUUGGGUUUACCCUGAUUUACAAGAUCGGCAUGCGCACAAAAUGGCGGAGCCCUUCCACGGCAGAUCUUACUACGGGACGGAGGAACCUAUCAGAGGAGGAAAUCCUAGAGUUGGAAAGCUACUACAAGCUCUCUAGCUGGCAAAGGUUCAAGACCUAUGUCCAACUAUGGUGAUCGUAUUGAUGGAAGGAAAUAUUAGGAGAAGCAAUUGCUUUCUCGGUUAUUUAGUUUCUACAAAGAGGAGACGAAUUCUAGACCAAAUCCAACUGUGUUCGUUCAUCC